UUGUUUUCAGCACUACCAGCAUCAGCUGGUGGACCAGGGCCAGGCGGAACAAGAGGAGUUGCCGGAGGAAGAACAUCAGGACCUGAGGGACCACCAGGAGGAGCUGGGCCGCCAGGCGAAGCAGCUGCACUUGGCCAGAGGGGCUGGCUGGGUCAUCUAAACCAGCCGGACAGACAGGAUCAGCCGGUGCUGCUGGCGAGCUUGGAACUAAGUAUGAGGUUGGCAAAGGUGGAAUUACGGGGCAAAGAUGCUGCAUACUGUUCAUGUCCAUUACAAUUAUCGCUGACUGUGAAAGCGCCCACAAUCGGAUGCGGUCAAGUCCGUGGAAAUGCAAUUGCAGAUGUUGAAGGUAUUCAACGCCGUCAUGGCGCCGCAAAAUGA